AUGAGCCUCUAUGAAAGCCUAACUCCAGAGCUACAGUCUGAAGUUGACUCAAGGUAUGAAGAAGACGAUGAAGAAUCUCUAUUUAGUCGUAACCCUAGCAGUAGUCAUGUUGAAAGCACAACUGAAAAUGUAGAAUUAGAGGGUGGAAAAGGCAAUAAUAUUAAUACUUCGUCAGUCGAUGAAACUCCCUACCAGUCAUUACCCGACACAAAUUCCGAACCAGUCAUAGGAGGUGUUCCUGUGACUGAUAAGGGAAAAGGUAAAGUUGUUGAGGAUUCUGAGUUAGGGGGAAGCCGACGUGAAUCCGUGCCUACAACAGAGACUCAACCAGUAGAUGUUGAUUGUAGCGAUGAUUCUCAGUUAAAUAAGAAAAAAAAUGGUGUCGCACCCAAGAAGUGUUGGGAUUUUCUUGUGCCUAUCGACUUAAAUUAUAAACCAAAGGUUGAUUGGGAUACCAACUACCAUGUUAUUUAUCAAUUGAAAGCAAAUUUAUCAAAGAAGCAACUUCGACUGUUUAAGAAAACAUGCUUUGGCUAUUUUUUGAAUCUACCACCAGUUAUUGUGCAGAUUCGGGUUAUGCACCAUUUGCUUAUUAGAGAAGUACAUCAUGAGGUGAAAAAUAAGAUGCGGCUUGUAGUGAAUGAUUCUAGGUUGCGCUUUGGUUUGGGUGAAUUUGCACUUGUUACUGGGUUGAAAUGUAAAGGUGAUACAAAUAUAGAGAGCAUAGCAGAGAAUAGGUUGAUUUCAAAAUAUUUUGGGACUGCAUCGGUGACAUUGGCCCAACUAGCAGACUGUUUUAAGAAGAAGAAAUGGGAAACAAAUGAUGAUGCGUUGAAGAUAGCAGUUCUUUAUUUUGUGAACAGCUUCUUACUUUCUCAACUCAAAACAAAGGUUAUUUCACGGUCUUACAUUGACUUGGUUGAGUGCGGUGAUUUUAAUAAUUAUCCCUGGGGUAUAGAUGUUUAUAACGCUACAAUUGACUCGUGUUCCAACAAGUUUCAAGAUAAGCCUUUUUUUUAUAGACUCGGUGACUUCCCGUUGGCUUUACAGAUUUGGUUGUAUGAAUGCUGCCCAAGUUUGGAUGGUCACUUUGCUGAUCAUAUUGGAAACGAACUUCCACGAAUUUUGAAUUGGGUAGUCAUGGGUCAAAUACCGAAUGAGCGAGUUGCUUUGCGAAUGUCUAGCUUGCAACGCGAGCAGCUAAAGAACAUCACUCCAACUGAUGAUGAGAAGCAACUAUUUGAUGUGCCUGGUCUAAACUUUGAAAUUGAAGUUGAGUGCACUGACAGUCAGCCCGAUAGCUUUCAGGUUUUUGGCACUCAAUUACCAAAGACACAAAGUAUGCAUGAAAGUACUGGAGGUGAUUCCCAACCCACCAAUGCUGAGGUAAUGAAGGAGUUACAAGGUUUGAAGCUUUUUGUAGAGACCAAGUUUGAGGAGGUGCUUGCAGCUAUUGGUAGUCAAUCAAUGAAACAAGAGGGAAAUUCAGCGCAUAAGCAACAGGAUAAUGAUCCUGACUUUCGUGAGAUGCAUAAUGAUUAUGACCAGUUUGAAAGUGGCCACGUUGGGAAUGAUCCUGUAGUUAUUGGAGAUAGCACGCCCAAAGCACCUUCUAUAUCUGGUUUUGGUGGGGUUGGUCAAGAUGGAGGUGCCACUGGUGUCAAUGUGAAGAACGUCACAGCAAGUGAUGGCGUAGUUAAUGAUGAUUUGCGUUCUGCCCCCUUCGUAAAUGAGCAUGAUUUUGGCUUGGAUUCUAACUUUGAACUGUCUGCAUCUGCAAUUGAUCAAAUCACCGCCAUUACACAACAAGCAACAUAUAAGCAGUCAUCUCAUGAUGUUAAAAAGUCGGGUCCUGCUCCGCUGCCAUCAGGAAUCCCUGUACAGACACGAGCAGAUGUUGUUAUUGAGUCUAAUACUGCUCCACAGGCAUGUCGGGUUGAUGGUGUUGGUCAAGUGGAUGUUGGUGGCAGUAAUGUGAAUUUGCCUUCUGCUUCAUGUCGACACGGGGGUGAUCUUCACUUGGAUUCUGAUUUUGAAUAUACUGAUUCUCAACUUGAUCUAAUUGCUGCCAUUACACAAGGAGGGAGACGUAAUGUAAAUCAAUCUGGAAAUGAACUGACAACUCGUGCUGUAAAUAAGUCUAAACCUGAUCAGUCGGUAUCAAGAAGUAUUGUCCAGAUACAAACAGAUGUUGAAACUACUCCUGCAGUUUUCACACGGAGAAGGCGCCCUGCAGCUGUAAAACAGUCGCCGUAUAGGAAUGACUGGCAAUCUGGUGUUAGUGCAGUUGGGGGAUCCUCGAAGGUUAUCAAAGGAAGAUUUCCAUUUGUAAAUGACAUUUCAGUGGUUGUUGAUUAUAAGCUUACGACUGCAUUCUCAAACUUUGUCGAAGCAAACAUGCAAUUGGGAGAGGAAGUGUAUUUACCUGGUGAUCAAAAGCUAGACCCUUGUUUUGACUUUGAAGUUGAACAGAUUGAUGAUAAGAUGUUUUUCCAUACCUUAAACUAUUCUGGCAGGCCGCUGUCUAGUUCGCACUUGAAUAUUAUAUUCUACUAUCUUAGGAAGAAGGCGAAAUAUGGAAUUAAUAUGCCAAUCAAAGUCACAACUACAGAUACUCUAUUUAAUAAUAUCAUUCAAAGGGUUUUCACAGAAUUUGUAAAAGGUGGGAAACAAGAUCAUUUGAUUGAUCGAUCAGACGAUAUCAUGGAGUACAUGAAAGGAUUAAGGAUAAAACUGGCAUUGGAUAUUGGGGUGUGUAUCCACAAGAGAUGUUUUUACGUAUAUGACUCGCUACGUAGUCGAAAGCACAAAAAAUCUAUUCAAAAGGUGGCAGAGGCAUAUGCUGUGUUGAUCCCCCUAUUUCUAGUUAGCAUUGAAUUUUAUAACCAAAGAAGUGACAUUGUAGUACAAAAUGGUCUGCACAUGGGAAAGGAGUUGACUGAUCCUUUUGAGAUUGAAAUGAUUACAAAUCUGCCAACACAGCAAAAUUCAGAUUGUGGAGUAUAUGUUGCAUGCUUUGCUGAGUAUAUUAUUGAAGAUCUUCCAAUCCCUGUUGCCGAUUUUGAUGUGGAUGGUCUUCGAGCUAGGUUUGGUAUACUGUUGUGGCACUAUGGGAGGAACAAGCAGUUGCAUGGCGAAUCAAGUGAAUCUGAGGCUCCAGUAGCACCUAAAAAGACUCGUGGAAAGAAACGCAAGAAGUAG